AUGUUGACUUACUGCGCUACUGGGCAGCAUUGCCAGGGUGGUAUGGUUGGUGUUAUCAACGCUCCUGCCAGCGGUGCAAGGACUAUUGAGCAAUAUGCCCAGGCCGCCGCGGCGGCGCAGUCCAACGUCGCUCCCAGCGCGACUGGCGGUGGUACCCUCGGCUCCGCGGCCACUGGCAGCCCCAGCUCUGCCUCAAGCUCUCCCUCUGCUUCAUCCUCGUCGCAGCCCAGCGCUGGUAUCGAGGCCCGCGGCGACGUCCGCUGGGGUCUGCUCAGCUUGGGCAUGGCUGCCGCUGGUGUUGUGGGUGGACUUCUCAUCUAA